AUGGAUACACAGGCUACGGCUACCGUUGCCCUAGAUGCUUCACAAGAGGCUAUCACUCAACAGGAAGCCAAAAGAGACGAGGGUACAAUGGGACUGCCGACAAGAGUGCAAGCCUCCAAUCUUGACACCAUAAAACCCAUGUUCAAUACCAUGUCGAAGCUUUCGAAUGAGGAAGGACAACAAGCAAGGCCCGAGAGCUCAGGCCAUCACAAGGACCAGCGUGCACAAAGUGGAGGCUUUUCAGAAGGGCGAAGAAAAACGAGUAUCGAGCCCCACGAAGCCAUCAGACGAGGCCUAUCUUUUGGGCCAUUGCGAAAGAACGGGAGGAGGCACAACUCGACCACCGGUAUCCUCAAGACGAGUUCGAAGUCUCCAUCUUCUCGGUUGAGUCAGAGUCAGAGACGCUUGUCACCCAGCAGCGACGUGUUAUCCUCUGCUGAAGUGGGGCGAUUGAAGAAGGAUUACUAUCUGGACGACCCCGAUAGAGAAGCUGCAAUCGAGAGUAGUGAUGAUGACCCACUGGCUUGGAGCUCUGGAGAUGAGGCUUCAGGCUCGGCAAAGCCCAGAGGCAGGAAGAGGGAUAUCAAGGACAGCGAACGGACAGCGCCGGGAAGCCCACUUCCAGCAUCAGAUGGAGAGCGACCAACUGUGACUGUCACGGGUCCCGAAGGCGAAAAGCCAGUGUCAACAUCCAAGAGAUUUAUCGUGCGUCCUAAUACCAACUACGAUCGGAACGUCAGUCGAGGUCCAAGCCCUAGCACAUCGGACUCGGAAGAGCUCAACGACAUUCGCCGGGCUCAGAAAUUGAACAUCAACUCCUCUCCUAUCGAUAGUUCGGUCCCUCAUCGAGUCAUUCAGACGAUCAUCAGAGGUGAUUUUGCACAGAUGCAGAGAGAAGCUGAAGAAGGGACAAGGCGACUGCGCACCUACCUUGUAGCUACGGAUUUGAGCAGUGAAGCUGCCUACGCUUUGGAGUGGACGAUCGGGACAGUCUUGCGUGAUGGCGACACGCUUCUUGCAGUGUACGCCGUUGAUGAGGAGGUCGGCACUGGUAAAACGGGAGACAGUCUCCCUAUUGGUGAGGGCGCUAAAGCAAUGCAAGAAACUACAGCAGUGAUGGAGAAGAUGACUGUGGCGUCUCAAAAGGGGCCUCUAAUCUUAUCCAAGGCGACUCUCCGUCCGGGGUCACGAAAGUCUAGUGCAGUGGUAUCGAUAGAUUCAAGAUCCAGAUCCAAAUCCAACGCCGACCAAGAACGAGCGCAUGCUAUUGAAACGCUGUCAGAGACCUGUCUCAGGUUUUUGAGAAAGACGAAGCUGCAGGUUAGGGUCGCCAUCGAAGUCAUUCACUGCAAGAGUCCGAAGUACAUGGUCACUGAAGCUAUUGAUGGGCUCAGGCCCACGCUUGUCAUCAUUGGUUCUCGUGGACGCAGUGCUCUUAAGGGCGUCCUUCUCGGCUCCUUUUCAAACUACCUCGUUACGAAAUCGUCAGCUCCAGUCAUGGUAGCCCGAAAGAAGCUUUCUGGUCGUAAAACCAAGAAUUUGCCUCCCAACGUUCGCCUCGCGAACAACUUGACGCCCUUUAGAAGGCUAGCUGAAGCGAAAAUCGAUUGA